AUGGCGGGCCUCCUGCGAGCUCUGCGGGGCCUUCCCCUCCGCGAGGCACCUGGGUGGGCUGCGCGGGGCCGAGCGGGCUGCGGCGGCCUCCGCGCAGGUGCUGGAUCCCCGCAAGCAGGGUCUCUUACAAAACGUCAGCCGGCUCUCUCCAAGAGUGAGUGGCAAAAGAAGCUGACACCAGAGCAGUUCCAUGUCACGAGAGAAAAAGGGACGGAGCCGCCUUUCAGUGGGAUCUACCUGAAUAACAAGGAACCAGGGAUGUAUCACUGUGUCUGUUGUGACAGCCCACUCUUCAGCUCUGAGAAGAAGUUCUGCUCCGGCACGGGAUGGCCUUCGUUCUCUGAGGCUCACGGGACGUCUGGCUCUGAUGAGAGUAACACGGGGAUCCUGAGACGUGCGGACACCUCACUGGGACUGGCUCGCACAGAGGUGGUCUGUAAGCAGUGUGAAGCUCACCUCGGCCAUGUGUUCCCCGAUGGACCUGGGCCUGCUGGGCAGAGGUUCUGCAUCAACAGCGUGGCGCUCAGGUUCAAGCCAAGGAAACACUGA